GUUGGAUUUAGGAUUUUUUAGGAGGAAAGGAAAUGGUUAAAGGUGGCUGAAGCGUCUGGGAUCUCCUGACAGAUGGAUUUGGGAAUUUUGGGGUCGGGUUUAGGAUCUUUAGGAGGAGCAGAAAGAGUUAAAGGUGGCUGAGGUGUCUGGGAUCUCCUGAGGGAUUAUUUGGGAUUUUAAAGGGUUGGAUUUAGGAUUUUUUUUAGAAGGAAAGGAAAGAGUUAAAGGUUGAAAUAGAGCAGAGAAUUCUGGGAUCUCCUGACCGAUGGAUUUGGGAAUUUUGGGGUCGUUUUUAGGGUUUUUUGUGAGGAAGGGAAAUGAUUUUAAAGGUGGCUGAGGUGUCUGGAAUAUCCUGACUGAUGGAUCUGAGAAUUUUAGGUUUGGAUUUAGGAUUUUUUAGGAGGAAGGGAAAGAGUUAAAGGUGGCUGAGCUGCAGAGAAAUCCGGGACCCCCGAGAGAAGGAUUUGGGAAUUUUGGGGUUAUUUUUAGGGUUUUUUAGGAGGAGCAGAAAGAGUUAAAGGUGGCUGAAGCAUCUGGGAUCUCCUGACUGCUGGAUUUGGGAAUUUUAGGGCUGGAUUUAGGAUUUUUUAGGAGGAAAGAAAAUAAUUCCUGGUGGCUGAAGUGCAGCAAAGAACUCCGGGAGCCGCUGAGAAAAGGAUUUGGGAUUUUUCAGGGUUGGAUUUAGGAUUUUUUAGGAGGAAGGGAAAGAGUUAAAAGUGGCUGAGCUUCACAGAGAACUCCGGGACCUCCCGACCGAUGGAUUUGGGAAUUUUGGGGUCGGGUUUAGGUUUUUUAGGAGCAGGGAAAAUAAUUCCUGGUGGCGGAUUUGCAGCAGAGAAAUUUGGGACCCGGAGAGAAAAGGAUUUGGGAAUUUUUGAGGAUGUAUUUAGGAUUUUUUUAAGAAGAGGGUAGACAGUUUCUGGGGCAGAGAUGUCGGGGAUCUCCUGACUGAUGGAUUCAGGAAUUUUGGGGUUUGAUUUAGGAUUUUUAGGAGGAGGGGGAAGAGUUAAAGGGGGCUGAGCUGCCAGAAAAUUUGGGGAGAUUCCGACCGCUGGAUUUGGGAAUUUUGGGGCUGUUUUUAGGAUUUUUUUAGAAGGAAGGGAAAGAGUUAAAGGCUGAGGAUCAGCAGAGAACUCUGGGAGCUCCUUAGAGACGGAUUUGGGAAUUUUGGGGUUGAAUUUAGGGGUUUUUUUUAGGAAGAGAAUUCCCGGGGAUGAGGUAUCUAGGAUCUCCUGGCCGAGGGAUUUGGGAAUUUUGGGGUCGGAUUUAGGAUUUUUUAGGAGAGGGGAAAGAAUUUCUGAUGGCUGAGCUGCACAGAACUCCGGAAUCUCCUGACCGAGGGAUUUGUGAAUUUUGGGGUCAGGUUUGGGAUUUUUUAGGAGGGAGGGAAAGAGUUGAAGGUGGCUGAGCUGCACAGAGAACUUUGGGAUCUCCUGACUGAGGGAUUUGCCAAUUUUGAGGUUUUUUUUAGGAUCUUUUAGGAGGGGCAGAAAGAGUUAAAGGUGGCAGAAAACUCCGGGAUCUCCUGAGGGACGGAUUUGGGAAUUUUGGGGUUGGAUUUAGGAUUUUUUAGGAGAAGAAGAGAGAGUUCCUGGGGCUGAGAUGUCUGCGAUCUCCUGAGGGGCGGAUUUGGGAAUUUUGGGGUCGAUUUUAGGAUUUUUUUUUUAAGAGGAAGGGAAAGAGUUAAAGGCGACUAAAAUGCACAGAGAACUUGGGGAGCUCCCGAGGGACGGAUUUGGGAAUUCUGGGGAUGGAUUUAGGAUUUUUUUAGGAGGGAUGGAAACGGUUAAAGUUGGCUGAGGUGCAGCAGGGAGCUCUGGGGCCCCCUGAGAGAAGGAUUCGGGAAGUUUGGGGUUUUUUUUGGGGUUUUAGGAGGAAGUGAAACAGCUUGUGCUUCAUCACGUGCCGUCCAUCCCUCCCUGCCGGCAGGGAAAAAAAAAAACAAAAAAACUUUUCCAAGGAUUUCCUGGAAUCUUCAGCAAGUGGGAGGGAGCCAGCCAGGAGGAGGGGGAGGAAAAAAAAAUUCCAAAUUUAUUUAUUUUUUUUUUUGUGGGAACAGAGAGGGGCUGGAAAAGCGCCGGGAGCUGCGAAACUGCUCCCCAAAAAAAACUCCUCCUUGACCUUUUUCCCUUUCACUUCCCGAAAUUUUCAACUUCCCCAAAAUCCGGCGUGACAAAAUCCGGGAUGACAAAAUCCGGGAUUAUUAAAAAAAAAAAAAAAAAAAAAAAAAAAGAAAAACAAAGAAAAGGGGAAGGGGAAGAGGAGGAGCAGGAAUUUGGGAAGCCCAAGUUUUGGGAUUUUGUAAUCCCGGCUCCCGUGGGUGGUUGGGAUUUGGGGCUCUGCCUCCAAAUGUGGGAGGGAGAGAUGGGAGGGAAAAGUUCCAGCCUUGAGAACACCGAGAAUUCCCGGAUUUCUGCGUUUCCCGAAGUUUUUUCCAGCCAGGAAUUUUCCUGCGCUGCCUCAUGCCAGGCCAUGUCCACAGCUGGAAUUUUGGGAUCGCUGCUCCAAGUGGAGGAAAACUUCUCCUCCUGCCUGGCCCGGAUUGACGCCCUCAUCCUCAAACCUCUGCUCCAGGCAGAGCCCCACGAUCCCAAGGAAAAGGAGAACUUCCAGCUCUUGGUGCUCCUCAACGAUCGUUUCCAAGCCCUCUGGAAUUUCACAGAAGAGAAUUCCCGGAACCUGAGGGGAAAACGCGGCAGCUCCGACUCCGGCUGCAUCCAGGAUUUUUACAUCCUCUGGAAAGGAGAUCUUUUCCUGAGCCUCUACAUCCAGUAUUUCGUCACCUUCGCCAACUUUGUCGUGGUCCAGGGCUUCGAGCAGGCCACCAAGAGCAAGAGUGAGGCCUGGAAGCUCCACAAGGUGGUGCUGAAGGAAUUCCUGCGGGAUUUCACCUCGGAGAGCUCCCUGGCGCCCGCCCUGCACGCCGCCCUCCACAAACCCUUCCGGGAUCACAUCCAGAGCUACCUCCAGCUCCUGUCCCAGCUCCAGGGGCAGCUCCAGGAGGGAUCUGAGCAGGAUGUGGUGGCUGCUGUCAUCCGGGAAUUCGGGAAGCUGGAAUCUUUCAUCAGCCAGGUCCUGGAUGAAGCCUGCUUUACCAAGGAGCUCUGGAAAUCCUUGGGCUACAAAUUCACCGACGUGCUGUGUGUCCCUGAGAGGAGGCUCCUGGAGGACAGCAGGAACCUGCCCAUCUCCUCUGGCAGCGCCCGCUCCGAGCGGCUCCUGCUCUUCGACGACGUCCUGGUGCUCAUCCAGGGAAACAGCUUCCAGAGUUUUGAUCUCAAGCUGGUGUGGGUGGAUGAAAACUGUGGAGAGAAAUCAGCUCCAGGAUUGUACAACCUGCGCAUCACAACCCCGGAAGAGACGUUCGUCCUCUCCGCCAAGGACCCCCAGAUGAAGGCCGUGUGGAGGUGGAAGCUGGAGCAGGCUGUGCGCCAGGCCCUGAACGGGAAGCGGGAUUUUCCUCUCUGGGGCCGCAGCGGGGAGGGCAGCGAGGCGCCGAGCCGCCGCUUCUUCACCUACGUGUUCCGCACCGAGGGGCGGCUCCGGGGGGCCACCUACGAGGGAGAGUGGCUCUGGGGGAAGCCCCAUGGCAAGGGGACGCUGAAGUGGCGCGAUGGACGCAACCACGUCGGGGAUUUCCAGGAGGGCCUGGAGCACGGGUUUGGGAUCUGCCUGGUCCCGCGGCGCUCCGAGGACCGCUACGACUGCUACAAGUGCCACUGGCACCAGGGCAAGAUGCAGGGCUAUGGAAUCUGUGAGUAUGGGAGUGACCUGGUCUACAAGGGCUACUUCAAGGACAACGUGCGCCAAGGGUUCGGGAUCCUGGAGAACUUCUCAGCAGAGCAUCCCUUCAAAUACACAGGACAGUGGGAAAACGACAAAAAAAAUGGAUAUGGAGUCUGGGAAGACAAGGAGAGAGGGGAGAGGUACAUCGGGAUGUGGCUGGAUGACCAGAGGCACGGAGAGGGCGUCGUGGUGGCGCAGUCAGGGCUCUGCUACCAGAGGACAUUCCAUGCGGAUAAAAUGGUGGGUUCAGGAAUUCUGCUCCUGGAAGACGACUCCGUCUACGAAGGGAACUUCACAGAAGAUCUGGUAUUUGUUGGAAAGGGGAAGCUCUCCUUGGCCAACGGCUUCGUGCUGGAGGGGACGUUCAGCGCGCGCGGCGGCCGCGGGCUGCGCACCCAGGGCGUGCUCAACACAACCCCUGAGCCCGAGGAGCCGCGCCCCGCAGCCCAGCUGGGCCUCAAGGAAUUCCCAGUGGAGAUGAGAUGGACGGGAAUCUUCGAGCAAUUCCUGGAAUUCCUCCAGUCCGGAUGCAAGGAGGAAAUGGAGGAAUCUUUCACAGGAUUCCACAUCCAAUCCAGCAAGGAGCUGAGGAAAUCCCAGGAAUAUCUGUUCUGCCAAAGAGGCACUGAGGAGAUCUCCUGGAAAACUGAGGAUAUCCUGGAAGAGCUCAUCCAGCAUCAGGAUCUCCAGUCACUCCAGAGUUACUUGGAGAAGGCACUGAAAUCCUCCCUGCAUCCCUUGGGAAAGCUGCUGCGGGCUCUGAGCGUGGCGUUCCAGGCCACGUAUUCCGGGAUCGGAGCCAACCGGCACCUGCUGGGAAUGGCACAGGAGGAGGUCAAGUUCUACUCCAAGAAAAUUUGGGAAUUCUACCAGGGUUUGCUCAGGCUGGCCCUGGAGCAGAAGGGCCAAGUGCCCUCGGAGGAAGUGGAUCCCAGUCUCCAGAAGGGCUCCAGCCUGGUCCUGCCGCUGAUCCUGCCCACCUUCUAUCCCGAGCUCUCCAUGCUCUACAUGCUCCAGCACCAGCGUGAGGACGAGCUCUACUGCCAGGGAAUCGUGGAGCUCAGCCUCUUCUCGGAUAUCCAGCUCCUGGAAUUCCUGGAUGUGCAGAAGCACCUGUGGCCUCUCAAAGAUCUCACCCUGACCUCCAACCAGAGGCGCUCCCUGGUCAAGGAUAAAUGUUUCCUGUCUGCCACCGAGUGUCUGCAGAAGCUCAUCACCACGGUGGAUCCCAGGGAAAAGCUGGAAAUCCUCCGGAAAACCUACGAGGAGCUGGAGCACACGGUGUCCCGGCUGCUGGAGAAGGAAUUCCGGCUGCCCAUGGACGAUCUCCUGCCCCUCCUCAUGUUCGUCGUGUCCCGAGCCAAGAUCCAACACCUGGGAGCUGAAAUCCAUCUGAUCCGGGAUUUGAUGGAUCCCACCAACCAGGGCGGAAUGUUGGACUUCCUGCUGACGGCCCUGGAGUCGUGCUAUGAACACAUCCAGAGGAUCCGGCUGCAUCCAAAGGAAGGUUCCCACAGCUCCUGAUCCAUAGGGAAAAUCCUCCUUUUCCCAAACUUUCUGGACCAAAUCCAACUGGAAAAAGUGGGAAUUGCAUCCCUGGCUGCCUUUAAAGGGAAGAAUUCCUCCCCAGCCGAGGUUUUCCUGAUCCCAAACACACUGGAAAGGCUGGAAUUUCCAUCUCCAAUCUUUGGGAAUUUUUUUUCCAAGCAGAGAAGGUUUUUUAAAUUUUUUUUUAGAGUUUUAUCUCCUUUUCCCACAAAAAUUCCCAGGAAAAGAAAAAAAAAAUCUCCUUUUCCUUUUCUGAGUGAGUUUUUUUUUUUUUUUUUUUUGCACUGGAGAAUUCCCAGAAAAAGAAAGAAUUUUUUUGGGAAACACCAAUUUUGGAUGGGAUUUCUUGGAAUGGGACAGAGAGCUCAUCCCAAAGCUCCUCAGAAUUCCUGGAAUGAGAGGAGAUUUUUCCCACCACUCCUUUUCCUACUUUUCCCAACUCAGGACUUUUCCCAUUGCAUUUGGAAGCUGCUAUUCCCGAAUUUCCUGAUUUUUCCCAUGCUCCAAUGUUUUUAUUUCUCCUUGGGAGAACUCAGGGGUGAUCCCACACUGCUUUGGAAUUCCAGGGGCUUGGAAAAAGCUCAGAUUUAUCCUGGAUUUUGGGAAAUUCUGGGAAAACAAACAGAAAACAUGGAAUAGAAACUCCAAUCCCAGCUGGAUUUGUGCCCUGAGCUGGAAUUUCCCUUUGGAAUAAGAAUCUUUGGGAUAUUCCCAAUGGAUAUUUGGGAUGCUGUUCCCAGCAUUCCAAAAUUUUUUAGUAAUAGGCCCAAAAAAAAUCUCAUUUUUGACAGGUUUUUAUCCCAUUUUUAAAAUUUUUCUUGGGAUUUUUUUUCCCCUAUCCAGGAAAACAAAACUUCUCAGGCUUUUUUCCUGCUGCUUUUUCCAAGUUUUCCUAGUUUUUUAAAUUAAGGGAAGUGAAUCCUUGAUAUUUUUGGGGAUGAAAAACUGGAAGUCCAAGGCUUUCAAAGAAUGGGAUUUUUAUCUUUUUUCCCUUGGGAUUUUUAAAUUUUUCUCAGGAAUUGUUUUUCCCAAGAAUUUUUUUCCUUAUCCAGGUGACUCCCAGAAAACCCUCCAGGUUUUCUCCUCUCAUUUUCCCCAAAUUUUAUCCUUUAAUAUAUAACAGAUUAAUUACAAUAAUUAAUAUAUUAACUAGAGAAUCCCACGGGAAGUUUGCCAAGAAUUUUUAUUUAAAUAAAACUCUUGGAAUUUUGAAGAAAUUCCAGGCUCCACGUGCUCCUUAUUCCAAUGUUUUUGUUUUCAGAAAUUUGGGAAUUUUCUAAAUGAAGAAAAAAUAGAUCCAUGAUAUUUUUGGGAAUGAAAAAUUUGAAGUCCAAAUCUUUCAAAAAAUGGGAUUUUAUUUCCCUUGGGAUUUUUUCAUUUUUCUCAGGAAUUGUUUUUCCCAAUAAUUUUUUUUCCUUAUCCAGGUGACUCCCAGAAAACAAAACCCCCCAGGCUUUUUCCCCCCAUAUUUCCCAAAUUUUAUCCUUUAAUAAAUAACAGAUUAAUUACAAUAAUUAAUAUAUUAACGAGAGAAUUCCAUGGGAAGUUUGCCAGGAAUUUUUAUUUAAAUAAAACUCUUGUAAUUUUGAAGA